AUGGCUGUCAGCCCUUUUAUCAUCAUCUGCCUCUUGGCACUGACUUGCUAUGGCUCAUCCUACCCCUCUCCUCCACCUCGGGGGUGCAGUGAAGAUGUGGACCCUUCGUACAGAGUGCUGUGUGACCUGGAAUCAGUCUGGGGUGUUGUUCUGGAGGCAGUAGCCUGCAGCGGUGGCCUCGCCUCUCUGGUCCUCUCUGUGCUUCUGCUGGUCAAACUUCACUCCAUUUCUGAUCCCGCCAGACGCUCCGGUCUGGGGCCUCUGCUCCUACUCCUGGGCACACUCCUCGGUCUUUUUACCAUCUCUCUGGCUUUCUUGGUAGGGAAGAAUCAGGCACUCUGUGUGGUCCGCAGGGCCUUCUGGGGGCCCCUUUUUGCCCUCUGCUUCUCCAGCUUGCUAGUCCAGGGUGUGAGGCUCAGGAAGCUGGUGGCCGGCAAGAUGAGCCCAUCGGGCAGCUCCCUGGCAGCACUGGGCCUGGCCUUGGCCUUGGUUCAGGGGAUAAUUUCUGCUGAAUGGGUCCUGCUGACAGUAGUUAGGGAGGGUCACCCAGCCUGCGAAUAUCCACCUUUAGACUUUGCUCUGACAUGCAGCUACACCCUAGGGCUGCUCCUCAUAGCCAUGGGCCUUUCUCUGGGGGUGGUGCUCUGUGGAGGAGAGUUUGGGGCAGAGGGAGCAGGUGAAGAAGAUGGAGAAGGAGAGAGCGAAAAACGGAGAUGGAAAUGUAAUGCUGUCUGGCUCUUCUUGUCCUGUCUGGCAUCAGCAUUGCUAUGGGUGGCCUGGCUGGGGUUUUAUCUUUAUGGCAGCCAGGCUUCUAGGGUGAAAGGAAAAGGGGAAAGGUUAGGAGGAGGUGGAAAGAAGGACAUAAAGGGAUUGGACGAACCUGCGCUAGCAGUGGCCCUGGUCAUUCAGGGCUGGAUUCUGCUGUUGUUCCACGCUAUUCCAGAGACACACCUCUGCCUCCGCAAACCUCUACAAUCCAACACACAAGAUUUCUUUGAUACCAGUCAGACGUCCCCUCCUCCACAUUUCGGAGAUGAGCUUCCUCCACACUCUCACCGACCAUUCCCAGAAAACCAGGCCUUCUCCCUGGAGGAGCAUAGUGAAACUCUCCGAAGUGGAACAUACCACAGCGGCCAUGGGAGUAUGCGUCCUGGCAUUGCCUUCAGAGGUCACGUCUACCAACCAACUGAAAUGGCUCUGGUCAUGAACGGUGGCACGAUGCCCACAGCCCCAGUUAACUACACUGGACGACGGUUAUGGUAA